AUGAGGAAAGGGGAAGACCCUCUAGCCCUAGAAGAACCUACCCUAGAGCCCCUAGAGCCCCUAGAGGAGCCUACCCUGGAGGGGCUUGAGGAGCCUGCAGAGGCUGCCGAGCGUAAGGAGCCUGUAGAGGCUGCCAAGCUUGAGGAGCCUAUAGAGGCUGCUAGGCUUGAGGAGCCUGUAGAGGCUGCCGAGCUUGAGGACCCUACCCUAGAGGGACCUACCCUAGAGGGACCUACCCUAGAGGGACCUACCCUAGAGCAGCUAUAUAACCAAGCUAUAGCCCCAAUCCUAGCCAAGGCAUCUAUGUAG